AUGGGACCUUCGUACCCUUUUAGAGCUUGUAACUCUUGGGUUAAGUAUUUCCAAAGAACUCAUAAAAUUAAAGUUACUUUCCAAGGAAUUAAAAACGAGGAAGAAGAAUAUAAGGUAGAUAAUCAGUCUAAAAAUAAGGAUGAAAAAUCGACAGCAGUUGGUCGAGAAGAAAAGGUUAAACAAGGAAUUCAAAAAGACGUAGAGAAAAAAAAUAGUAAAGAGAUAAAUGUAAACAUUGUUGAGGUUUUAAAUCAACCAAUUUAUAAGAAAAAUGUGGAAUAUUUUGAAAAUGAAGACGAUAUAGAGACAACAAAGCAUUCUACUAAAAAUGUUAAUGAUAAAAAACAAGUGAGUCUAGUAAAUGUCGGGCUACAAACUUCAGAUGUAUUAACUCAAACAGAAAAAAUAAAACGAGACAAAGAAAUUAAUAAAACGCAAGUGGAAAUACAAGAAGUUAAGAUGGAAGCAAAUAAAGAAGUAAAAGAAAAAGUGAAUAAUGUUAUUGGGUUUAAAAGUAAAUAUGAUGAGAGAAAAGAGCUCGAACAAAUUCUUUUGAACUGGUUAAGUGAAAUACGAAGUCAGCGUCUUGAAAUUAACGGAAGAAAGUUCCGAGAAAAAGCAUUGGAAUUACAUAACUCAUUAAAUCAUCGGUAUGAUUUUAGAGCACAAUAUCAUUGGAUUGCUUCUUUUGAAAAACGCUAUCAAGUUCAAGUAAUCUCUCGUCCUAGAAAAGGUGAAAGUAUUUCUUCAGAAGAUAAAAAUAGUAAUUCGGAAUCGAUUUCGUUGACUAGUAAAUCAGUGAUUCAAUGUCACGGAAAAGUUAGUGGGAUUGAGGAAGAAAUUGGAGAAAAAUCAUCGAGCAUUGUUGGACUUGAUGGUGAGAGUGUAAGAAACUGUGACUUAGCUUCAAUUAGAGACAGCGAUUCAUCAUCAUCAUUAUUAAAAUCGCAUUUACAAUUCGGAGUUAAUAAUAUUGAAAUUAAAGAACCUUUAGAAUUAUUUGACAAAGGAUUGAUACGAGAAGAAAAAGUAAGUAGAGAAGUGGAAGAUGAUUGGAUAGACGAAGUAAUUGAAACAGCAAAAGAAGAAGGUGAAUAUUGGGAUUGGGAACGUGCUGUUCAUAAUCAAAUAACUCAAAUUCUUGUUGAAUUAGAAGAUUCAAAAUUAGAAGAAGAAAUAGGUAGAAAAGAAUUAAAAAAUAGACAAACGGAAAAUAUAGAAAUGAGAGAUUCAGAAGAAGAAGCAACGGAAGUAAGUGGAUGCGGAAUUGGGGAAGUAAAGGCAAGAGAUGAAGAAGAAAAAUUGAAAGAAGAAAUAGAUGAAAUAAAGGAAUGCGAGGAAGAUGAAGUAGAUACAGAAGAUGAGAACAACUAUUCAGUUUCAUACAAUUUAUUAAAACGCUCUGAUGGUUCAGAAAAGUUGGUCUUAGAUAAAUCCAAAGAAGAAAGAAAUUUUGAUGAAAAGAUGCAAGUAGACGCUGAUGAUAUAAAAGAAGAAAAUUUGACAGAUGAACAAGUCAAAGUAAAUGCAAGAGAUGAAGAAGAAAAAUUGAAAGAAGAAAUAGAUGAAAUAAAGGAAUGCGAGGAAGAUGAAGUAGAUACAGAAGAUGAUGAGAACUACGAUUCAGUUUCAUAUAAUUUAUUAAAACGCUCAGAUGUUUCAGAAAAGUUGGUCUUAGAUAAAUCCAAAGAAGAAAGAAAUUUUGAUGAAAAGAUGCAAGUAGACGCUGAUGAUAUGAAAGAAGAAAAUUUGACAGAAGAACAAGUCAAAGUAAAUAAAGAAAACUUAGCUACGAAUGGCGAAGAAAAAGGAAAAGAUGAAGAAGUAGAGGUAGAAGAUGAAGAUGAUGAUUCAUGUGAUUUAUUUAUCGACUUGAAUGUUUCAGAAAAUUUGAUUGUUAAUGAAACGGAUGAAGAAAAGGAAGUUCAAGGUAAAAAUGUAAAUCUAGCGACAAUGGAAGUUUUUGGCGAUGAAAUAGAAGAGAUAGAGAAAAAAAUCAUGGUGAUAGAAUGUGAAGAAGAGGUAGAAAAUGUAUUCAAAGAACAAGAAGUAAAACUAGGCGAAAAAGAUUUAGUGACCAAUGUCGAAGAAGAUCAAGAAAGUAUAGGUGAAGAAGAAGAAGAAGAAAAUAUUAGAAACGAAGUGAAAAAUUUGGAUGCGAUGGGGAAUGAAGAAAAUGAAAUGAUUAUCCGGAAAAAUAAAACAUUGAAACAAGUAACUUUUGCUACUGAUGUCAAGAUCAUCAAUGCUCAUCAUUUACCAACAAAUUGUCCAUCACUAGAAUCAUCAACUUUUAAACCAGUGAAUAUUAACAUGAAGGAAUAUGUAAAAAUACUAGAGUAUAAAUUGGUUUUUAGCAAGUGUCAACAAUUUAUAAAGGACCAGAAUAUUCGACAGUAUUUCAAAAGACAACAAAUAAAAGAGUUCAAACGAGCGAUUGAUGUUUUGAUCGAUAAAGCUACUUCUGAAGAUGAUUUAUUGGAUAAUCUGUUGAUGAAUAAGAACUGGGCGCCAUUUGGACGAAUGUUCUGUUCAGAAGAUAUUGCUCGGGUCUGCGAAGUUUAA